AUGCAAAAGUUCUCUGUUAAUGUUCCUCUCCAGGACAUUGCUACCAUGCAGCUGUGUGCCAACAAGCUGGACAAGAAGGACUUCUUUGGGAAGUCUGACCCCUUCCUGGUCUUCUACCGAAGUAAUGAGGAUGGAACGUGAGUGUUCCUGCCGAGGGAACAUCCAAUGUCUAGUUCCAUCUGUGUUUUCAAUAUUCUACCACAGUUUGUCAUGUACUUGGAGUGUUCUAGCUCUGAGUAUCCCAUGUUCUUGGGAUUCUCUCAACGCUUGUGAUAUUUCCUAGUUUCAGAGGUAUGUACAUUGUGAGUUCCUCUCUGUAACUUUCUCUACUACUCUGUUCCAGGUUCACUAUCUGUCAUAAGACAGAGGUGGUUAAGAACACACUGAACCCUGUUUGGCAGCCCUUCACCAUCGCAGUGAGGGCCCUGUGCAAUGGGGACUAUGACAGGUUAGAGAAAGACACUGUCUGGGGGGGGAGCCAAUGGGGAACCUCUACAGCAGGGUUUCCCAAACUUGAUGACUUGGUUAUUUGAAUCAGCUGUGUAGUGCUAGGGCAAAAAAACAAAACGUGCACCCAGGGGAGGCCCCAGGACUGAGUUUGGGAAACCCGGCUCUACAGUGCAGAGCCAGAUGAUGACGCCACCUGUCAGUCACUGGGGCAUUCAGAAUAAUUCCAGCAGUCGGCCGUGGUGUCCCAGGGGCCAGCACUGGUGUUAUUGGAAUUGACUCAGAGUAUUUACACCACAUCUCACACCAAUCAAUGUCAACGAUGCUGACGGAGUCUCUGUGAGUCAGUGUUGUGUUGACAGGACAGUAGCCUAACUCUCUUGGACAUGUAGAGUAAGUAGGUCUAUGGUGGUUGUGUCUAAGGUCAUGUUGAACAAGUUAAAUACGUUUCUUGAAUUGUUUUUUCUGCUUCCCUACCAGAACGGUUAAAGUGGAUGUGUAUGACUGGGACAGAGAUGGAAGGUACUUUUUUGUGCGCUUUUUGAUGAACACAUGAAUGUCUGUAAGGCUUUGUGAAUGUGUGUCAAACCUUCAGUUAUUCUUCCCUUCAGCCAUGAUUUCAUCGGUGAGUUCACCACAAGUUACAGAGAUUUCUCACGUGGACAAAACCAGUUUAAUGUCUAUGAGGUGAGCCACAAAUGUUUGUUAAUUUUCAAUUGUAAAUACACUGAGUAUACCAAACAUUAGGAACACCUUCCUAAUAUUGAGUUGCUGGCCCAUGUUGACUCCAAUGCUUCCCACAGUUGUGUCAAGUUGGAUGGAUGUCCUUUGGGUGGUGGACCAUUCUUGAUACACACAGGAAACUGUUGAGCAUGAAAAACCAGCAGUGUUGCAGUUCUUGACACAAACCGGUGCGCCUGGCACCUACUACCAUACCCCGUUCAAAGGCACUUAAAUAUUUUGGCACCCUCUGAAUGGCACACAUACACAAUCCAUGUCUCAAUUGUCUCAAAGAUUAAAAAUCAUUUUUUUAACCUGUCUCCUCAACUUCAUCUACACUGAUUGAAGUGGAUUUAACAAGUGACAUCAAUAAGGGAUCAUAGCUUUCACCUGGAUUCACCUGGUCAGUCUAUGUCAUGUUUUGUAUACUCAGUAUACAUAUAUACUGUAUGUGAUUACUAUUAUCAGGCAUAUCCUUUCAGUUGUCAAGUUUAUGUUGCACCUUGAAUAGAUAUGUACAUCCACAUACACAUUAUGCACAGUAUUUACCACAAGCAUCUUCAGUUCAUAUUGCUUUAAUAAUUUACUGUAAUCGUUUUCUUAUCCAUUCUUUUAUUUUCCACAAACCAGGUUCUAAAUCCAAAAAAGAAGGGCAAGAAAAAGAAAUACGUAAACUCCGGCACGGUAAGUACCUUCCUCAUAUCUGCCUGUCAGCUUCACCAUUGUAUUGAUUUAUAGGGGUAAUUAUUGUUAUCAUACUUUCCUUCUCCCCAUCCCCCCACCCUCACUACGGUCACCAGGUAACACUGCUGUCCUUCAAAGUGGAGUCAGAGUAUACGUUUGUGGAUUUCAUCCGAGGCGGGUGAGUGGAAUGUUAAUUAGCCCAGUGUUAAUUAGGCCCAUCGCUAUGUGGAUAAAGGGCUUGCGAACCCCCCUGACUAAAGUUCUUGGACAUGGAGCUAUUUGCAUCAUAUUCACACUGCUCCACACUGCUACAUAUAACCAGUUAGUCAAUUGGGCCCAUAGGACCAGGGCCAGAGUAAUAUAACUACUCAAUAAACUAUUGAUCAAAGUCCUGGUUGAAUAGGUUUGGUCCUCUCGGACGCCAGUAUUCUAAUUUGGAUCAAGUUUAUCUAUUUUAUGUCCUGUCUUUCCCAACAGGACACAACUCAACUUCACAGUAGCCAUCGACUUCACUGCUUCUAAUGGUAAAUCUGGAGCUUAGGGCUGUCAUAGGCCAAAUCAAAAAUAUAUUUAUGCACAUAUUAUAUAACACAGUGGGAUAGGUCACGACAGGAAUCCGCAGUGAGCGGACAUUCAUUUAUCUUCAUUUCAGUUGUGUCUCUAUGUGUGUUUGUCUGUGCUCUCUGACAGGUAAUCCGUCUCAGCCCACCUCCCUCCACUACAUGAACCCGUACCAGAUGAACGCCUACGCCAUGGCACUCAAAGCUGUGGGGGAGAUCAUCCAGGACUAUGACAGUGACAAGCUUUUCCCAGCCUAUGGCUUCGGAGCCAAGCUGCCCCCCGACGGAAAGAUCUCCCAUGCCUUCCCUCUGGUUAGACACACACACAAACACACACAAACACAAACACUGCUACUAGACACACUCUGCUACAUCCAAACCCAGAAGUAA